AUGUCCAAACGCACGGCGCAAGGUCCUCAAGGGUCCAAAGAGAGUGAACAGGAGUUCGCCAUGUCGAGCACACCUGAUGAUAAGCCCCACCGGGCGACGGCCGCCCAGAUGGCCAACAGAAAGAUUAAGGACAUUCGCAAACGUCCUCGUGGUACAACCCCUACCGGCGGGACUGGUGCUUCUGAAUCGUCGGGGACUUUCUCUCAGCUGUCUUCUACCCCAGCCUUCUCUGCUUCUACAUUUUCAGCGCCCUCAAACCAGUCGGGUGGCUUCAAUUUUGGUCAGAGCCAGAGUCAGAGCUUCCCAGGAGCUAGUGCAGCACCUAGCCAGCCCAGUCAGGCCGGCGCCGCGCCAUUCUCUUUUGGCGGCAGUGGCUCGACGUCUUUCAACUUCGGUGGUGGAUUUGGGUCUGCCCCGAGCAAUCCUUUUGCGAACAAUCCCUUUAGUGCAGCCAAUUCUGCCCCUGCGCAGCCUGCUCCCGCCACCGGAUCUACAAGCUUUGGCGGAUUUGGAAAUCAAUCUAACCCCCGUCCUGCUUUCUCGUUCGGUGCCCCGCAAAAUGGAAGCAGCUCAGUAGGCACCGGCCUGUUUGGGCAACCGGCGGCUACAAGUGCCACUGGAAACCCUGCUGCUGAUUCCAUGCAGACUUCUCCGGACUCCAAACCAAAAGGGCCCUUUGCGCUGUCUCCAUCCUUCCCGACCAAGAAUCUCUUCAGUGACUCGGGUGCCUCAAACCUAUUUUCUCCAAAGCCUGCUACUCCGGCCAGCAACCCGUUCGGUGGCCUCAGCAUCCCCCCUGCUUCGGAGAAGCCCUCAAGUGACAAGGCAGAAAGCUUAGCGGCCAAGCCUGCAUUUGGCAGCCAGACUUCCACCGCUAGCUCUCAGGCACAGCCGUUUGGGACCAUUUUUGGAUCGCCAGCUACCACCACGCCAUCGGAGCCUGAGAAAGCUGCAACGAACAAUAUUUUUGCACCGAAGGCAGCAACGCCAGGGUCUGUCUCCAGUAACCCCUUCAUGCCUAAGCCGCCAUCCUCCGAGCCUGAGAAAGUGAAUACGACUCAACCGGCAAACAACAAUAUCUUCUCUCCAAAGCCCGCUGCUGUGCAAUCUACUACAAGUAAUUUGUUCGCUCCCAAGCCAGCAGAGCAGACCUCUACCUCCAACCUGUUUACCUCCAAAACUUCUUCGGGCGAUACAUCGUCUAACCUUACCAAUCCGCAACCGUUCAAGAAUCUCUUCGGAGCAACUACCGAAGCGCAGUUAUCUCCAGCUAAGCCUGCUGCUGAACAAGCUUCAUCGAACAAUCUAUUCGCGCCGAAGUUUACCACAGGUCAUGGCCCCGAAAAGCCUGCAGAGAAUCAACCCUUCACAUCUAUGUUCGGAACGACGACCAAGCCUGCAGCUGACCAGAGUUUGAGCAAGCCUGCAGAGGCUCAGCCUUUCAAAAAUCUCUUCGGUGCCGCUUCUCCGACUCCGAAGCCAGCUGAGCCGGCGACGACAUCGAGCCUAUUCGCAUCCAAGCCAGCGGCGGAGCUGCCUUCCGACAAGCCUUCAGACGGUCAACCCUUCAAAUCCCACUUUGGGGCGACAACAUCGACCCCCACGACCUCCGAGCCUGCAAAUUCUUCGUCUAUCUUAGCUGGGACUCCGAAUCUCUUCGCGCCGAAGUCUGCUACAGAGCAGCCUGCAGCGAGCCCCGCGAAGCCAUUUGCCAACCUGUUCGGUGGCAAUAAUGCAGCUCCCCAGAUAAACCCAGUGAAGGCAUCCCCAACAGCAUCUUCUAGUUUCACUAGCGCCCAAAAAGCCCAAGGCGCUGCAGCAAUGCCGUCGCCCAGUCUUCCGGCCGGAUCAAGCAAGGAGGUGACUGAGAAUGCGGAGUUGCUGUGGAAGAUCCGGGCAUUGGAUACACAUUUCAAGCAAGAAUUUAUGAAGUACGAACCUGGGACUAACAGUUUCGAUGAUUUGAUUCUGUUCUACAUCAACAUUCGUCAUGGCAUGGGCGCCCCACUCAAAGGCGCUCCCGAAUUGCGGGCUAAAAAGUUGUCCGAGAAACCUGUGAACGCCGAUGGCCCCAACGGUUCUGUCACAUCCAAUGUAUUUGCAAAGUCUUUCUCUUCGCCUAGUCCCAGCCCGGCUAAGCCAGUUGCCGCCCCCAACCAGACGAAGAGCUCUGCGGAGAAUCUCUUCGCCAAGUCGCUCACAGAUGGCAAUGCUAAUUCCUCGGCGCCCGCAGCUUCGCCUGCCGCCAAGUUGGCAGGCAACAUGUUCGCACAGGCGACUUCGAGCAAUGCUCAGAGUGGCUCUGCUUCUCCUGCAAUUCCCAAGUUCGGAAAUGGUACUGGUGCUGUGGAUUUCAUGGCGCAGUUUAAGCAGCAGGCGGAGAAGACCAUGGCUGAAGAGAAAGCCAAGCGGAAGGCGGAAGAUUUUGAUUCUGAUGAGGAUGAUGAAGCAGAAUGGGACCGCCGUGAUGCUGAAGAGCAGCGCGAGAAACGUGCCAAGCUCGAAGCUGGCAAUCAAAAGAAGCCCGUUUUCAAGAAUGGGAAGUUCGAGUGGGUUGAUGUUGAUGAGCCAACGCCAUCGGCACCUGCAGGAAACACUUUCAAGCCUGUAGAGAAGGCUGCAGCUAGCCCUCUGUUCGUGCCCACCGACAAUUCCGCUGCGAAUGCUCUUUCCCCCGCCUCGUCCACUGGCUCCAUCUUCGAAUCCGCCAGCCGUCCUCUUCCCGCAUCCGAGAACAUUUUUGGUAGUCUUACUCCGAAGCACAAUGACGCCGACAAGGACAGUGACGGGUCUGAUGAUGAGGGCAAGGCGGAGUCUUCUAAGCGUCAGGCCGAAGAGGAUGGCAGCACCGACGAUGACUUUGCCUCUGCCCUGCGCAAGUCCAAGCGGACUAAGCCAUCUGAGACCAAAUCUAGCCUAAAUACACCUCUCCCGGCACCGACUGCUACUGCUGGUCGCAGUCUGUUCGAUCGAAUUGGAUCUCCUACACCUACACCCCAAAAGGAGACCUCGACUUCUACUUCGAGUCUAUUCUCGGCUAGCUUCGGCCAGUCUACUUCUUUCGGCCAGUCCAACUCUGCUCCAGCUGACAACACCUGGAAGCCCGACAGCCCAAUCAAGUUCUCUAGUGACUCUACGCCGGCUGCUACUCCUGCUCCUGCAUCAACACUGGCUCCUUCAACUCUGCCUUCGAGCGGCAUUAACUCCGGAGAGGCCACUCCUGAGGAGGAAGCCCCCCCUGGUGCCAUCUUUGACAUGUCCCAGGCUAAUGCGGGUGAGGAGGAGGAGACGCUUAUCUUCGAAUGCCGUGCUCGUGCUUUCAAGUUGGCCACCGGCUGGACCUCAAAGGGUACCGGUAUCGUUCGCCUGCUGAAGCACCCCGAGACUGGCCGUGCCCGUAUCGUGCUCCGUGCCGACCCCGGUGGUAACGUCAUUCUGAACACGUUCCUUAAGAAGGAAUUUGACUAUGCUCGUCAGAGCAAUAGCGUUCAGUUUAUGGUUCCGCAGCCCGGCGAGCAGCAGCCGGAACACUGGGCCAUCCGCGUCAAUGCGAAGUCAAUUGAGGAUCUCUAUAACAAGAUCCAAGAAAUCAAGAACUAG